AUGUCAUUCACAAAAGAAGACUAUGAGAGUCUAUUUGGAGACGUAAACGCUAACAAGAGUUUACAACUUCUGAGGGAGCCUAUUGGAUCUUCUGCUACCAAGUCAUUCUUGUUAAUGAUUUUUCACUUGGUUUCCUCAUCAGAGAAUAAAGACUUAAUCUCACAAAGAUUUGUGGAAUUGGGUUUGGUUUCGCUCGUGCUUGAGGCUAUUGUUGAUCCUGAAAGAGGUAUCUGCGAGAAAGGUUUGGGGGUGUUGGAUUGCAUUUGUGAGGGAAAACAAGGGAUGGAAAUAGCAAAGUCAAAUGCUUUGACUUUGCCUCUUGUGAUUAAGAAGCUUUUGAGGGUGUCAGAGUUGAGUUCUACUUUUGCAGUCUCUAUUCUUUGGAAGCUAUGUGACAAGACCGACGAAGGGAUCUUGAUUGAGGCACUUCAAGUGGGUGUCUUUCAGAAACUCCUUGUUCUGUUGCAGGUGGGUUGUGGUGAGGACACAAAGGAGAAGGCUACCGAGUUGUUGAUGUUGUUGAAUUGUUACAUGAGCAAAGCAGAUUGUGUUGAUUCCUCAUUGGAUUUCAAGCACCUCAAGAAGCCCUUCUGA